ACAGGGUAAAGGAAUUAAGGGUACAAGGAGGUGCAAGAGGAGGAAGAAAAGGCAAUCACCUAAACAUAACCAGUUCAGAUGCAACAGCAGCAGGUGUGGUGUCAGUAAUGUUGGUGCACGAGGAAAGAGUCCCUCUAAAAAGCCAAAGCUGGAUGAACAGCCACAGGCCUUUGGGCCAAUUGCAGCUAUGCUGUCCGAGGUAGGAAAGAUUCUGUCCUCCACACCCAGGACAAGUCGGUCAACUGAGGGAACUGCAAGAGAAAAAGAAAGGAUUGGAAUUCAACAAAUUACACAAAUCAACUCGAUUUAUUACCCUUUCCUGGGAAAGGGUAAUAAGGAAAACAGAAAAGAGCAAAGAAAUGUAAGAAAACAAGAUAAACAUGUGGCAAAAUUGAGAUUUCUUCAAUAAUUGAUGAAAAUGACCAGAAUGAUAGGGCAGGACUGGUGAUUGGACAAUCUACAGAUGAGGACCUUCACUCUUGGAAGAUCCCCAGUGUAGGUAAUUCAUCUCUAUGUCAAGGAGAAACAAAAGAAAAAGAAAAAUGGAAAAGUCUUUUUGAAGUGGCAAGAGGCGAAGGAAUGAAAUGUAGAGAAUGGAGCAGACAGUUGAAAAGCAGGUCAGAAACACACUGUGAAGGGGAAAGAGCAAAGACAAGGGCUUUACCAGUGUCUGAGGAAAAGUAUAAAGAAAGGGACCAUCAUCUGAGAAGGUAUCACCAGCAGUUGCAGCAGUUUGUGCCUUCCUCAUCCAUGUCAUCCAAACCUCAUUUGCCUUCAUCCUCUAUUUGUGCAUCUUUGUCUUUCUCUACAUUUCUAUCCCCCUGUCCUUCUCUCCAACAUUCUCCUCACCUCUCAGGUCCUUCUGUGUUGUAUAAUGGUUUGGAAGAGGUCCUAGAUGCAUACAGAGGGAUUUUUGUCUUAAACCCACAAAAAGCCAAUAAUCUCUUAAACAUGGCAAUUGCACCUCCAACAUCCUCUCACCACCACUACAAAAUGUUAUCCCUGUUAAGGAGGUGUCGUCAAGCAGCACCAGAAAGAAGGGACCACGUUUCACUCAGAAUGCAGGUCAAAGAGAAGUAUCAAAUGCUUCUUCCCCCACUGUUCCAGCCACACAGGAUGGGUGUAAAAUGUCGGCUGACUCUCAAAAAUUCUUCUGAAAAUCUAGCUCAGCCUCAUGUCCACAGCAACACAGAGGUCAAUCCAAAUAUGUCUGCUUCACCUCAAGCUGAAAUAGUUUCAGAUUCUACCAACAGCAUCAUGGAUCCUCUCAGAGUUUCCCUGCUUCAGGUGGACCAAGAAGCUGCCACAUGUUCUUUCAUCCAAGGGGAACAGAGUAUCACCUCCAUCUGUCUUCUUGUAAAAGCAACAGGUGCAGAUUACACAACAGAAGUGGAAGAAGAGCACUUGUCAUAUGCAGAGAUGGAAAGAAAUGUUGUAAAGGAAAAGAAUGAAGAAUUUUCUCUUUUAGAGCUUGCGGAAGCAAAGAACUACCACAUUCCCACCUCCAACAUCACAGCAGCUAAUAAUUGUCCAGAGCCAAAGAAAGAAAUGUAUGACACACACCAGUUUUAUGAAAUAGGUAAGUGUUUUUGUAAGCUUUUUUGUUUUGGUCAUGAUCUGGGGCCUCAUGUACAAAGCGUGCGUACGAACAAAAACGUGGUGUACGUCAGUCUCCAUGCUAACGCUCAGAUGUAUCAAAAGUGAAAUGACCGUGGAAAUGUG